AUGUCUGUGGACGAAGCAACACUUGCGCGGGGUGCCAAGUUAUUUAAGACCCGUUGCGGCCAAUGUCAUACCAUCGAAAAGGGCGGCUCAAAUAAGCUUGGUCCCAAUUUAUUUGGUCUUUUUGGAAGAAAAAGCGGGGCUGUUGAGGGAUACUCGUACACCACUGCAAACAAGGAGAAGGGUGUCGUUUGGGAUGAAAAAACGCUCUUUGACUACCUUGAAGAUCCAAAAAAGUACAUUCCGGGCACCAAAAUGGCAUUUGCUGGGCUGAAAAAGCCAAAGGAGCGGGAAGACAUCAUUGCGUACAUGAAAGCAGCGUCGGCUUGA